AUGUCAGGAUCAAUAAAUCAAAUGAAUCAAGAACUGAAACGUCGACGUUCAGAAUCGCCUUUCAGGACAAUUGAUCGAGUUGAUGGUGCUACUCUAAACAUAGGUGAUAGUCAGGACCAUGUACAGUUCACCGAUGGCUGGGCAUUAAAGCGUGAUGGAACGUGGAAACAUGAAAAUAAGAACGCUAAACCAAGGACUUUAUCGAAUAAAGAGAAGGAAUGGCUUACAAAACAUGGUUGGACAUUACCAAAGGAAUAG